AUGGGUGAAGAAUUAGAAAAUCAACGAUGUUUAGAAAUGGAAUCUGGUGAAUUAUUACCGGAAUUACAAUUAUUAUUUACUUUAAAACCAGGUAUGGAUCGACGUCGAUAUAAUGCUCAAAGAACUAAUGAAGUUGCUGCUGUUUUUUGCACAACUGCUGAUAGAGAAAUUCCAGAAUCAUACGUUACAAUACGACACGAUGUUGCUGCUCUAACCAUUGAACCAAUAACAGAAAAUGUAAUUAUUGAUCAUGAUGAGAUACAUAAUUAUAUUGAAGUUCGUUAUGUUGGACCUGUAGAAGCCAGUUGGCGUAUUCUUGGGCGAAUAUAUUCCGUUAGUCCAGCACAAACAGAAUUAUAUCAUUUACGAUUAUUAUUACUCACAGUAAAGGGUGCUACAAGUUUUAAUGAUUUGAGAACUGUAAAUAGAGAAUUUUAUCAAUCAUUUUCAGCGGCUUGUUUGACGUUAGGUUUAAUCAAAGAUGAUGAUGAAUGGAAACGAGCUAUGAAGCUGGUGGAUGGAUGA